AUGUGGGAUGACGAGAGUUACAAUCCAACAAAUAUCAUUUUUGGUAAUUUUACAGAAACCUGGUCUCUCUUUGUGACAUCGAAUGGUGAUAUUUAUAUUGAUGAUGGUGUUAUCAAUCGUCAGGUACAGAGAUGGAGUGCAGAAACAAAUAACUUUGUCACAGUGAUGAAUAUCAACUCGUCAUGUUAUGGUUUGUUUGUCGAUGUCAAUGAUACUCUUUAUUGUUCAAUGUACGAUCAUCAUCAGGUAGCGAAAAGAUCAUUAAAUGAUGCUGUGAUGAAUACAAAUCGUAUUGCUGCUGGAACAGGUAGUGAAGGAUCAGGCUCGAAUCAGCUUAAAAAUCCUCUAGGAAUCUUUGUCGACGUGAAUUUGGAUUUAUAUGUCGCAGAUUGUGGAAAUGAUCGAGUUCAGUUGUUUCAGUCAGGAGAAUCAAACGGCAUCACAGUAGCUAGAAGUGGAACGCUAGAUACAACAAUUAGACUUGACUGUCCCAGCGGAAUUAUAUUAGAUACUGAGAAGUACUUAUUCAUCGUGGAUAAUGGCAAUAGUCGCAUUAUUGGUUCAGACUUGAAUGGUUUCCGAUGUUUAGUUGGAUGCUAUGGAGAGGGUUCACAAUCCAAUCAAUUGAUAUUUCCAUUUAGUUUUAGUUUCGAUCAUUCUGGAAACAUGCUUGUUACUGAUUAUGGAAAUCAUCGAAUUCAAAAAUUUAAAUACUUAAAAAAAUCAUGUGGUGCUCCAGUAAAUAUUCAAUUAAAAUAUUCAUCAGAAUUAAUCGAUGAUAGUCCAACAUAUUAUCGAGAUUGUCAAGUACCGCAAUGCCAUUAUGAAACAUUACAAAUUCAUGUUAAUACAACGGGUUUGUAUGUUCUUUGGGGCGAAAGUAAUAUUAAUGCAUAUGGAUAUAUCUACAAAAAUGAUUUCAAUCCUCUAAAACCAUCUGAAAAUUUACUGCUAUCGCAUGGCGGUGAAUGUAAUGAUGGACAAUUCAAAUUAAUCAUCGAUCUUGAGAUCAAAACUCAGUACAUAUUAGUUGUGACAACACACGAUCCUAAAACAUUUGGGAGCUUCUCUAUUUUUAUCUCUGGACCAAACAAUGUUAGCAUUAACCCUUUUAGUCCAGAACAAAGUAGUUGUGUGAUCGGUGAUCAAUGUAACUUUUACAUCAAAGGAAUUGGUUUGACACUCGAUGAUAUUUUACACGAUGAACUUCAACCGAAUAUAGUGCUGAAUAAUCAAUCAUUUUCGAUUAAAUUCAGUGCGGGUUUAACAAUAAUUAUGUUUGUCGCAGGAUUAAUCAAUAGUAUUAUUUCUUUUAUUACAUUUCAAAGUAAAGAUGCUCAACAAGUUGGAUGUGGAAUGUAUCUGUUGGCAUCAUCGAUUACUUCUCUUUUGGCAAUUAGUAUGUUCAUAAUCAAAUUCUGGUUUGUUGUUCUCACUCAUAUCAAUGUGUCCACUAGUCUCUCUGUUCUUCGUGGAGGUUGUGCAUCUAUUGAACCAAUUCUAAAACUUUUUCUCUACUUGGAUGGUUGGCUUAAUGCUUGUGUAGCAGUUGAACGAGCAGUGCUUAUUUUUAAAGGUAUAAAAUUUGAUAAGAAAAAGAGCAAAUCUAUUGCUCGACGAACAGUUCUUAUUUUACCAUUCUGUAUUUUCGGUACUCUUAUUCACGAGUUCGUCUUUCGUCGAUUGUUCGAAUAUGAAACAGUACCCGAUGCGAUAGAUACGAGAAAUAAUAAUGAAGACACAAUCAAGCGAUAUGUAUCAUGUAUCACUAAUUAUUCUCCUCCUGUCCAAGAUUACAAUACAGCCGUUCUAUUUUUUCAUCUUGUUGGUCCGUUUAUUGUUAAUCUUUUCUCUGCGUUGUUUAUCAUCUUUGGAGGUGCUCAACAACGAUCAAUAGCACGAACUAAUCAAAAUUUUAAAGAACAUGUUCGAGAACAAUUCAGUGAACAUAAACAGCUGAUCAUUAGCCCAGUAGUUUUACUCGUUUUGUCAAUACCUCGUCUCAUCAUUUCAUUGCUUCCUGGUUGUGCGAAAACAUCUGAGAACUUAUGGUUAUAUCUUGGAGCAUAUUUCAUUUCGUUUACUCCUUCGAUGCUAAUCUUUCUUAUCUUUGUCUUUCCUUCGAAAUUGUAUAUGAAAGCAUUUAAACAAUCUUUGAUUCGCAUUCGACGGCGUGCUUCUUCUUGA